AUGUCGUCACGUUGUUCUCAGCACUUGCGUACGAAGAUCGCGAAAAAGGGUGAUAGGCAAUCAGAAGACUUCAAAUCCCAAAAUUUCUCAUCAAUUCAGCCUGAUCAGGCUGACAUACUUCCAAGACAUGUAACGCUGGAUUUAAUAAGGGGUCUUUACAUGAAAGAAUUCAAACGAUAUUAUGGUACUGAAUCAGUCACAGUCCUUAGUGCCGCCAUAAUCGAACGCUUCGUCUCACUACAGAUGCAAGUAGAUUCAAAAGCAUCAAAGAAACUUUCAAAGAAAAGACUAUCAAGAAAAAUCGUCACCCAUCAUGGCCAAAAGACUGAGCCAAGACCAAAGAUUCAGGAAUGGAUGAUGAAUGAUAAUUCGCUAAAGUUGCCCUCACGCUUUGUGGAAGUUGUUCGGGACGCACAGUUUAGGGAUAUAACGGAGCCAUUAUCACGCGAUGAUCUGGUGACCAAAAUUUUAAAGACGAGCAAUAAACAUCACUCCAAUGAAAAUAUUACCAAAUGUAGUAAAAUUCGGUCUCUACACGCACAACACAACUGGAGAAAAGUCAGACUAAUUAUGCGCCGAGCUGUAGGCAAUGAAGACUCUAGCAUCAACCAGUUUCAAAAGAGGAUCAGCAGCACAGCUGCUAAAAUGUACCCCGAGCGGUCCCAUAAAAAGAUGGCGCCAAAGAAAGAGGUACGGAAGAUGGGUAGGAUAAUGGACCUUCGUUACUUUCUUGAAAUGAUUGACAUCAAACAUCGAUACGGUCCAAACCUUCGAAUCUACCAUGAAGAAUGGAAAAAGAGUGAAACACGCGAAAACUUCUUUUAUUGGUUGGACCACGGCGAAGGACUACACAUUGAUUUUCAAGUCUGCUCGCGCGCAAAACUUGAGCGAGAACGCGUGCGCUAUUUGACAACAGAAGAGCGUCGUAAAUAUCUCGUUAUCAUUGAUGGAGAUGGCCGACUAUGUUGGGCCAAAAAUGGUACCCCGAUAGAUACCUCUGAGAAUUAUCAAGAUUCUAUCCAUGGCAUUAUACCUAUCACUGAUUCCAUCCUAUGUCCUGAAUUUUCCGAGAUAGAAUCUUUAUCCAAAAUACAAAAACAGCCUAAAGCUUAUUACACCACCAAUAAUUACUCCGCUUCCUCUUCAAUUUCCUCAGUAUCAUGUUCUGAUCUGAAAUAUGGAUGUAAGGUUGCUUACGAUACUAUUGGAGUGCCUCCUGCGCCUGAAGAUACACACGAUGUGAAGAGAAUCCACCAUGUCAGCAAGGCAACAAUAAUUGAUCGGCUUUUGCGUGGUAGUGUCCAAAAAAAUACAUGGAUCUUCGUCGUAGACAGUAGCUUUCGGCUAUAUGUGGGCAUCAAACAAAGUGGUAUUUUUCAGCAUAGCAGUUUCUCGCGUGGGUGCAGAAUUAGUGCUGCGGGCGGAAUAAAAAUAAAGAAUGGGCGCUUAACCUCGCUAAGUCCUCUAAGUGGGCACUAUCGACCACCGGUUGCUAACUUUCGCGCCUUUGUCCAAGCCCUUCAAGAGGCUGGUGCUGACGUUUCUCAUCUUUCUAUCUCACGCGCCUAUACCAUUCUAGUUGGUUUUGAGACCUAUAAGAAAACACGUCAAACGGCAAAGCAUUAUCUAGAUCAGAUUUCCAUGAAACGAAAUAAGCCGGCAACUUUACAGAUUUCUACAAAGAGGGAAAAGUGCCAGCGAUGA